UUUGAUUGACAGCAUAGGUGCCAGUUUUUUGCGCAAAACUACUUACAGUAAUUCAAGAGAAACUUUAAAAGGAAAACGGUACUACCACCGCUCUCACGGAAGCAAUGCUGAGAAAUGACUGUUCAUCGCACAGGGAACUAAGAUGUAGCAUUAAAACGAACGACUAAUACAACUUGGGGUGCAUGUGUUUUGCCGACGCAGAGUGAUGGGUAGGGUAAAGCCCAUCCAGAAGGUAUGUCUGGUCUCUGUGGAAAACAUUAGUGGUGCACGAGAAGGUGAAAUACGUGGUGUGCCUGGCACAAAAAAAGGAGAAAGAUAUCUCACGAGGCUGUAAAGUCUGGACCCUAAAGAGUUCCUUCCGCCCCAUCCUGUAGUCUUGUGUGAUGUUACUGAUACUCAUUGUUAGUCAUUUGAUGGACUAAAAAGACACAUUGUCUGCAGCAAAAAAGAAAACUUUCUGGUUUAAUUUGCUAUUACUCCUGAUUCAUGGUCAAGAAAGAAACUAAGGGACCUGAUUUGUCUAACAUAAGGGAGACUACUAUCAGAAGACUGUGUGAACCAUAAAUAUACCAGAAAGGUGCUGGGUAUUAAAGUGGAAACCAGUCGCUAGACAACCUCUGAAUAUACUGGCCAAGAAGAGUCAUGAAAAAUCAGGAACUCUAUGGAAAGAACCGAAUAUCUUCUACACUUCGUCGGAAGUUCUGGCAUCUGAAACGUAAAUCACCUAAAGAUGGAGUUGUCAAGGGACAGAUAAGAAUGAAAUCACCUUCAGGAGCCUUUGUUGUCUUAGGAGUUGCUGUUGUCAUUGUGGGAAUGAUAAUAGCUAUAGUUGGAUACUGGCCACAAAAAGGGCAUCAACUGCCACGGGACAACAGGAUGACAAAUUCAAAUGACACUGUUUCCUAUAAGAAAGAAGUGGGAUUACGACCCAUUAUGACCUCCCCAAGUAGUCAGAAUAAUGAUAAACUGAAACUGAUAGGUCCUGUUAUCAUGGGGUUUGGGCUGUUUAUCUUUAUUUGUGCCAACACAAUGCUUUAUGAAAAUCGAGAUAAGGAGACACAGAUGUUAGCACAGAAAAAUAUCCAAAGUAUGAUGUCCGAUCUUCAGUUAAAUAGUAAUGAGAAUCGGCACUACCAAUGGAGGACAAAUCCAUCAGCUGAUGAUGUUAAAAUCCAGUUCUUGGAGCACGGUUAUAAUGUUGAUCCACCUUCAAGUACCUUACAGUCCUGCCACAGUCCAGGAAGUAAGUGGGUUGAUUGUAAUGUGCCAAAUAAGCUUCAGAUGACAGCUCAGCUGCUUCAUCACAAGGAUAUCUCACCAUCCAUUUCUCUUCACAGCAUCCGUUCUGACUCCUGCAACUCCUCUGAAGGCAAUAUACACAUUCCUUUAAAUUGUGGAGCAGAGUCUAUAGCAUCUUCAACUAUAAAUGCUCUAGCUCUUCCUGUCAUUAAAUUGAACAACUGCAUUAUAGAGAAUCCAGGCAUUUCCAAAGUUGUUGAUGACGAAGAAGCAGAAAUUGCACAUGCUCAGUCCCCUGUUGCUGUCCUGAGACAUUCGUGGAACUUCCUACCCAGUUUUAGUGGGAAUUCAGGAGAAGACAACCUUACCUGUGGUCAUAUAUUUGUAAAUUUAGACAGUCUACCAUUAGAAAAACACUCUCCUUCCAAGCAAGUUAGUAAGCUGCUAUCCCCACAGAAGGCUAAGAAAGAGUUUAGUUCAGAUGUACAGCUCAGUACUGCAGGGCAGUCCACUUCCUUUGAUCUUGGGCAAGGUGGAAAUAGACUGGUUGCGCCAGCAGAAGAGCAGAAAAAUCGAAGUUGGCCUAGGUUAGAAUGCACCAGUGUGAAGCGAUACAUGAAACUAGAAAACAGGGAAGAUUCAUCUGAGAAACUGUUGGAACAGAAUGACUCACAAGAUAACAAUAAAAAGCAUUACUGUGAGAACUAUGAGUGAUUAGGUCCAAAAAGUUUAUAUGAAACACUUCAAAAGAUUCUACUCUUGUGAUAGUCUGCAGCUUUUUUAAAAAGUUUUAUAACUAUGUAUAUUUAUUUUCCAGAAUACAUUUGUUUUUAUUGUUGUUACUCUUGUUUUCUUGUAGUAAAUAAUGCCUCACACUCUA